AUGAGGCCCCAGCGGAGCCUCCCGGCACCGCGGGGACGGUUGCCGGGAUACGGCGCUGACGUCACUUCCGAUGCCACGGCGGAGCGGCGGGAACCGGGACCGCGCCGGGCGGGGAGGGGGCGGGGUCUGAUAAUGGAGGGCGGGGCCAGACUGGACGGAACGGCGUUGAUUUGCUGUGAGGGGCGGGCUCUGUCUGUGGGAGCGUGUCCGGGGUGUGGUCAGGGGCGGGGCGAGUGUGGGUGUGUCGGGGCGGGACCCACCGGGGCGGGACCCGGCAGGUCCCUCCGGGCUCUCCCGGCGGGUCUGGGGUUCUUGGACGGUCCUGGCGCGUUUCGUUGCCCUCGCAGCCGCCGCAGCCCGAGGAAGCCCUCCCGGUGGCCUCGCGGUGUGCCCCGGGCAGCCCUUCCCGCUCAGUCCCGUCCCGUCUCCUCCCCGCCGCGAACGUGCAGUGGCCGCGGCCGAGGUCGCUGUGGGGGCUCUGGGGCGGACACGGCACAGGGAAAGGCUCCCGUGCGGCUCCGUCACGGCACAAGUGCGAGGAACGGCAGGAACAGGUCCGAGAUUCACCCUCCGCAGGAUAAACUUGGCUCUGCGGCUCCUCCCGAGGGAGGUGGUUGUGGCGUGUGUAGGAGAUGCACAAACAGAUUGCUGCAGUUACCCAACCACUGCUGUCUGGAAGCUGCAGAGCAGAGCUGUGAGAGAGCUCGACCACAGAGGCCAGCAAAUCAGAGCGGGACGAAACCUGAGCAAAUGAAAAUCCUGCUCCAGGGCCAGAGAGAUCACCUUAUAUGGGAACAUCAUGGGAAAGAGAUGAACCCAUCCGGCCGAGCUGCUGAGGUCAGAUCCCAAACAGAGGGGGGAUGUUAAUGUGAAAACAAGAGCAUUUAUGAAGAGAAGACACUUCUGCUUCACUUAUGCAAUCUGAGCCCUCCUGUUUGUCUCUUUUAUUAUAAACGUUGUGCUCUGUGUAUGUACACAUAGGUCUGGCUGUGUUACAUUAAAAUUCAUUUCUUUGCGGUUAUUUUGAUACCUAAAUGCAUCCCAGGUCUGUUUCUGGUGCCCACUUACAGCUGUAGUGUGGUCAGCUAAAGCCUAAGGAGGGAUCACUGAUGGCUCAAAAAAUGAAGCCUGUU